AGGAAACUGAAGAUGUACACAACUUUACCAAAAUCAUGGCGGGACGAAUUCGACGUCAACGCCUCGUUGACGGAACUCAACGACGCUUUGGCCACGCUACAUCUUCCGGCCAUUUUCAUCUGCGCUUCGCUUGCAGUGAUCGGGAUCAUCGGAAACCUGAUCGUGUUAAGCGUCUACAUACCCCACCCAAGCUCAUUUUCACGUGUGUUUAUUCUGUGGCUUGCUGUUGUAGACUUAAUAGCGUGCAGCAUCGGAACGCCACUUCUGGUGUUCAGCAUGAUUCAUCCAUACCAGUUUCCGUCCGAGAACGUAUGCAAAACGUUACGUUUUGUCCACGUUUUUCUUGUUGGGACGUCAGUGUUUAUAUUCGUAAGUAUUGCCAUUGAAAGGCACCGGGCUAUCUGCAUUUUUGAGCUGGUUGAAAUGAAAACAAGGCGAAUGCAUGCCAUGUGUAUUGUGUCUUGUAUUAUGGGAGUUGUAGUGGCCGUCCCGGCUAUAUUUAUUUACGGAAUAAGGACAGUCAAAACUGGAGUUCACAAUAUCACAGGAAUUGAAUGCUUUGUUGAAGACCACUUUAUACAAACUGAUUCAAUAUGGCCCAAAAUAUACUUCCCAUUCCAAUCCAUAGUCGUGAGUAUAUCAUUUGCUACAUUGCUUGUGUUGUACAUUCGGAUUGGACGACAAUUACAGUGGCAUUUGAAAUUUACGAGACGUUACUCCACAAGCUCGAUCUUAAACAAUUCAACCAAAUCAAGCCAGUCACUGUGUAUACAAAAAGAUGCGACAAACACACAUAAAAACACAGCUGGAAGUAUCUUAAUGAAGACCACGGCGUCAGAACAAACUGAGGGAACGUACAGACUACACACGCCCGUUGGGAAGGCAGCGUCCAACGCCGCUAGCCGCGUAAAUAGAGCCGCCCAUGAGAUGACCAGCAUGUUUUGUUGGUUGACGGCCGUUUUUGUGCUCUCUUUCAUUCCUCAUCUUGCUUUUAUCAUCUACUCUACCUUUCGACCAGAUUUUGCGCAGGAUAUGACGUCAUUACAGGUUGUGACGUAUAACAUUUUUCUGAGAUCGUUUGUGAUAAAUAACAUGGCGAAUCCUCUGGUAUAUUUCACAUGUGUACGUAACUUCCGAAGAGACUUUAGGAAAUUAUUCUGCAAACUUUUCUGUUGUUACAGGUGUUAAUGGACGAAGUAAACGAAAACCUGUCAAAAGCGAUUGAGAAUGUUUUUCAAAACCUAAAUUAGCUUAUUUUAGAUAGUGAAUGAAACAUUUAUUCUAUGUCGUUUUUAUAGUAGAAGGCUGUAUAGUUGAUGAUCAUGUCAUUGCUACGCUUUAACUCAUAUAUGAACUGUGGCGUGUUAGGUCUGUGACCUUUUUAUCCGUCAGGGAACAAAAAUAGCUGAACACGAACUGCGUCUAACUCUAAGACUCAUGCACUUAACUUCAGGUUCUACUGAACCUUAAUGCCAUGAAAAGGUUUCAAACUCAAAGGUAUAGGGCAUAAACUGAAAUAUUUUUACAUGCCCGGAAUAUGCCUCCAUACCUUCAAAUUGGAUUCCGAAACUCAUCGUAAAUAAAACCAACAAUUUGAAUCUUUUCCAUGUGAUAUUCGGAGGUUGACAGUUGAAGAGCAAGUGUCAGACCUAAAGGUCAAUCCUGGUUCUUUAAUAUUAAAAUAUGACGAAAUGAAUUGAAUAGAGUUGUUAAGAAUUACAUUGAAUGUACUAUUCGCGAUGUAAUGCAUGGAACUGUGCAAUGCUCAUUCCAAUUUCUGUCACACGUGUAGGAAGCGUUAGGUGUCUUCUUUAAUUGAGAUUUUUUUAUACAUUUUUCGUUUCCCAUCUUCAUCAAAACAAAUGCAUUCAAAUACAUCUUUGGACGAUGGCAUAAAAAAACAACGGAGAAAGCUCCUCUGACUCUGGAAAAACGUGUAUGAUGUUUUACAGUCUCUUAUACAAAAUAUCUGUAAGAGUUAUUUGACAAUCUCUUACGACAAUAAUUGUAUUAUCACUUAAGCAAUCUCUUACGACACUACUAGGACAAUCUUUUAGGCAAUAUGUUAAAAAAAUACGUGUACAAUCUGUUAGUCAAUUUCUUGCCAAAAUACGUGUAGGGUUAGUGUUUCAGUAUUGUAUUAAAAACAUUAGUUGAGAGAGCUCAUCAUAUUGUUUGUAGUUUAUGUCAUGGGUAUUUCUCAACCAGCCAUAUCUGCUUUUAGUAUGUAUUUUAAGUCAAACUGAUUAAGUCGGCAGACCCACCGCAGCCCGUCGCCGAUUCAAUUGUUUAGAAGUCCAAAAUUAAAUGCUGACAUAUUGUGUGUUGAGUGCGAAAUGCAUUUAAUGUAGACUACGAACACACGCGAGCUAGUAUAAAAUACUUGAGUGCUCAUGCUCAUGCAUCAGGCAAUGAGAUCACCAGAUACAUCCACAUUUAUUCAUUCAGAAAAGCGUUGACAAUCAAAUAUCUAUUUUAUAAAUUUCCAACUCUAAAUUUCCAUUAAAAAAAACGAAAACAUCCAUCAAUAUCAAUUAAGAAACACAACCAACUGCCAAUUAUUAGUAAGUCAUUUAUUUAUAUAUUUUUUGCGCGUACGUUGUGUAAGUAUGUUGCUUAAUGCGUUUACAUGCUUAAUA